AUGUUUGCAAUCGGAGGUUUGUGUUUGCUGCUUUGGUUGGCUGUCGUGAAUGCAAGCAAUUCUUCGGAAGUUCGAGUGGGAUCCGGCAAGUAUGCGCUAAAGGAUGGAAAAGUUACCUUAAGUGAUGAAUUCGGGAUUUACGAUUGGCGUACUAGCUUCAUUGUGCCAGAGCAUCUCUAUCCUAAUUGUUCUGUUAAAAUAUAUAACGAUACAAUUUCGUUGUGGUAUAAUGCAGCGUCAAAGGAGGUUUGUACGGUGGAUCUUCUGACAGAUAGAGAUGACAUCGAGUUCACAACUUCCCUGACACUUUGCGAUGAUAAUAAGAAAGAAGACCUCAAGGACCCUAUCGUUCUGCCUUUUGCGUACAGUUUAAACAAUAAAGAAGUAAAUGAGAUCAAGAAUGGACCUCUCUAUGGGAAAGACAAUGCAUCUUGCCCAAAUAGAGAAGGAUGUAAAUCAUUUAAAUCUGAAAAUUGGACUGAAAUUCCCACACCGGAUUGUAUGCCAUGGACAGCGCUGGAAAUUGAAUGGCGAUGCAAACAUGAUCUGGAAGUUGAUUGUCGAUCCAAACCUGCUUAUGCAGCAAAAGUCUACUUUAUUGGCGAGAUGGCUGGCUAUGUAACACAUUUUUCGAUAGAAGACUUCAAAGAAAAGGUGUCCUUCACCGUAAAAAUAAAUAAAACCGGAGGCGUUGAUAGUGGGGGUCUUGUGAUAGAUGGCAUACCGAGUAAUACAACAAGUCAACAAAAUCUACAUCAUUUCACAUGUAUCAAGUUCUCCUCAAUUAUCAAACCUAAGGCGUGGAAAAUUGAUGGGAACGUUAAAGACGAAAUUAAAGUGAAAAAGUUGAUGACAUUCCAUCUCCUUCCAAGAUCGGCAUCUCGUGCGCGUACAAGUGAUAAUCAAUUUUAUGGAAAAUUACCUGAUAUUGCAUCUAGCAAAGAAUGCAGGAGGGGAAUGUCGAUUCGUUUUAAUCGAACAGAUUAUGAACUUCUAGAGAGAUUAUCAAAAGUUGUAGAAGCUAAUUCAUCAACUACAACAACAACCGUUCAACCAUCAACAAAUUCUACAGCCACCAAUGAGACAAACAAUCAAAAGCCAACGGAUUCUACUACACCAAAUGCAACAAUUCCUACAAAUGAAACAGAGACUACGGCAGCGAAUAAAUCAUCAGAAGUACCACCAACAAAUUCUAGUUCACCACCUUCAGUUAACACUACUUCAAAACCGGAACAGAACAACGAAACUUUGCCACAAUCGAGUAGUUCAAAUGCUUCAACGGUUCAAACAAGCACUGGAGGUAGUAAUGGGACUACUAAUGUUGGCACUUCUCCAUCAAUGAAUUACUCUACUUUUACCCAAAACUUCACUUCUACUAUUUCUGUGAAUGAGACAAACGGAACAUCUAAUUCCAACUUAACAACAUCCACAAAAUUCUCUACUUCAAUGCCUACAAUCAUUCUAAAAACAACAACUUCUACUAAACUUCCUAGCAUUACAAAUGGAACAACAAAAGGAAUUAAAGGGAAACCAAAAGUUGCAUUUCCUUCCUAUUAUUUCUAUAUUGUUGGUGGUGGUGGUGCUGUGGUUAUUCUAUUGUAA